UCCUGCCAAUUUAGUUCCAAUGACUACUAUUACGGGAGAAAGUUCGCUGGAUUUUGGAAUUUUCGCACACAAACGCAAAUCGAUGGUUUCGGUGAAGAGAUCUUUGUCAAAUACGUUCUUCGGGGUCACUUUGAUCGUCGUUUUCGUCGCUUUCUACUUCAGAUCUUCCCUCAAAUCUGUGUUUGAUGUGACGAAAGGCAAAUCUCAUUACGGUAGUGGAGGAGGUUACAACCAUUUUGCUGGAAGAGACGCUUCUCGUGCAUUUGUUUCGGGGAACUUUACAGGAGAUGGACUUACAGAUUCGUUACGUGGGUUAUCUAGCAGCGAGGUGAAGAGCAUUGUCGACUGGAGAGGUUUCUACUCCAGGACAUACAUUCCUGUUGGGAAGCUUGUUGGGCGGUACUACGAUAGCCAAGGGAAUCCAACUAAACACCUGAAAGGAGUUGAAGCAAAAGCCUCCAGAGGUGCACAGCUCAUGGAGAAACAAAAGCUUGAAGAAGACAAGCAAAAGAAUUGCAACUCACGAUGGAGUCAAGAUGAAGGUGGAGAGGUUUGGUGUGAUGUUGGGGUGCCGAGAUUGGUACAAAGACCUUUGGAGAUAGCAAUAACGGGUUCCAUGAGCAAACGUUGCGCUUGCUUUGAGGAAGACCAGCUUGAUCAGUCUGGUUUGGAGAUUUAUAAAGACUGUGAACCUCUUGCCAAGACUUGCAAAGUUAAAUCUUCAAUCGGAGAGAAUCAAUCGGCGAAUUGGGGAGUAAGAUCCGUUCGCUUGGUUGGAAUCACGGUCACCGGAAGAAAUGGUCCUCCACCGCCUCCGUCGUCGUCCUCAGCUGCUCCGCCUCCUAAAUUUACCCAGACGCAAAAGGAAUCCGUUGAACCCGACGCGGUGGUGAAGAUGACUACGAUUCUGGCUGAAGCUGGGUGCACGCUGAUGAACCCGUACGGUCCGCCAUGUCUUCCCUCCGAUCUCCACGCUUUCCGCCGCCAUCUCACUGGCCGCUUUUCGUCUUGCUCCGCCGAUUCCGGCGAGAGGGAUAACGUCGGUGCUCUCCGCUCAGUUUUCAUAGCUGGAUUCUCAUCGUACAUUCAAUCUCCGAGUAAUCUUCGCAGAGUGCUUUCCUCUUCUUCAUCAACAAAGAGAGACGAGACUUUAGUUCGAAAUCUCCUGCUUGUAUCUCCUAUUCAACUUGACCUUCAGGAAAUGCUGCUCGAGAAGCUUCCCGAGUACUUCGACGUUGUUACAGGAUGUUCCCUGGAGGAGGAUGUUGCUCGCCUUAUCAUCAACCAUUUCCGGUGGCUGGACUUCAUCGUUAAUCCCGAUGUGUUCACCGAUAAGCUGAUGCAAGUUCUAUCGAUUUGUCCUCUGCAUUUGAAGAAGGAAAUCAUUGGAUCGUUGCCAGAGAUUAUUGGGGAUCACAACUGUCCUGCUGUGAUUGAUUCUCUAGAAAAGAUGCUUCAGGAGGAUUCUUCUGUUGUUGUUCCAGUACUUGAUUCUUUCUCCAACCUCAAUUUAGAUGAUCAAUUGCAGGAACAGGCGAUUACAGUAGCAAUAUCAUGUAUUAGAUCAAUCGAUGCAGAGCACAUGCCGUAUCUACUUAGGUUUUUGCUUCUUGCUGCUACACCAACAAAUGUUAGAAGAAUAAUCUCCCAGAUACGUGAACAGCUGAAAUUCACCGGAAUGUCACAGCCUUGUGCUUCUCAGAAUAAACUCAAAGGAAAAAUACCUGCAUUUGAUGCAGAAGGCUCUAUUCUCCAUGCUUUAAGAUCAAGCCUUCGAUUUAAGAAUAUACUCUGUCAAGAAAUCAUAAAGGAGCUGAACAGUCUGGAGAAACCUCGAGAUUUUAAGGUAAUCGAUGUAUGGCUACUAAUUCUUAUGUACAUGAAUGGGGAUCCCAUCCGGAAGAGCAUCGAGAAGAUAUUUAAGAAGAAAGUGGUUGAUGGAUGCAUACAAGAAGCCUUGCUUGAUCAAUGUUUAGGUGGUAAUAAAGAGUUUGUGCAGGAUAAUUUUGCAUCAUUUGUUUCUUUGGCUGAACACCUCUUGUCAUGCAAAGAAGAAAAGGCAAGGGAAACUGGCUCUCAUAUUUAUACUCGUCUUUUUGAAGGGUUUGCUGACAAUUAUUCAAGACAAGAGGUACUAGGUGCCCUAGUGACACAUGUGGGAUCUGAUAACAAAUUAGAGGUCAGUUCAGUCCUAGAGAUGAUGACGGUUUUGGCGAAAAAAUAUGCACAGCAACUCCUUCCCUUUUCUUCCCACAUAAAUGGCAUUUUGGACUACUUAGAGGGAUUUACUUUGGAAAAUUUGCAUAAGGUCUAUGAGGUUUUCAGUCACCUCGCACUAUCAGCUCGUGCAAGUCCUGAUUCUUUUCGAUCUUCAAUUUCAAAUGAACUUAUGAUGAUAGUGAGGAAGCAGGUCAGUCAUCCAGACCUCAAGUACAAAAAGAUGGGUUUAGUUGGAACUCUCAGGAUUGUUUCGUCACUUGGGGAUGCAAACAGUGUUCCUGACUGUUCAUCAUCUCAGGUUUCAGAUUGUGGGGAGAUAUUGGAGCUGCUAAAGACAUCCGUAGAUUCUUGCAGACAGUCUAACUUAGCCCAAAUUAUUUUCUAUGAUGAAUUCGCUACAAUUCUCAGCCAUAAAUUACUUCAGCCUGAAAUUAUGAAGUGGAUCGGGAAGCAUCUGGGAGAAUUCGAGUCGCUAUUUCUAGCCGAUCUUGACAACGGAAAAAUGGCUGAUAAGGGUUCAUACUCUGGACUAGAAGGGGAUCUUUGGAUGAACUUGGAUGGUAGUAUAUCACCAAUCUGUUUAAACAUUUUGCCCCUGGCAUCUUCAUCCUCAGAGUCCUGCUGUCUGCAGAUUCUUCCUUCAAAUUUUCUUUUGCUAUCAACUAUUGAGAGGUUGACUAAUGAUGGAUCUCUUGCUGGGAUUGAUGCUCUGCUCGGAUGCCCUUUGCACCUUCCUUCUUCCAAGUACUUUGCUGCAGCUGGAUGGGAAUCACUGACAAAAAAGCAGAGAGAAAUCCUCUCUCUCUCUUUAUAUUAUGCUGCAAACUGGAUACGAGAACUCCUUAACGCCUUCAGUUCCCAAAUUGACAAAAGGUUUGGCUGCAUUAGUCAAGCUACAGAAAAGGAUGUAACAACAAAGCUUCUGAAGAGACUCAGCAAUCUAGUAUUCUUGGAAAGCUUAUUGAGCAAUUUGGUUGCGCUGUCUCCUCAGUCUCUACCGGAGCUCCACCCUUAUUCAGCCACAAGCCAACAUACUCACGUAGAGCAUCCAGAGAGAAAAAUUGAGAAGAGGAAGCUAAAUGAUGAUGCCACCCAACGCAAGGGAAACAUGAAAAGUAACUUGAAAAAACCAAAGCACUCGAACGAGGAUGAAAAGCUGCGACAGCCAACUAUCUUGGACGCAUUCAAGAAAGCAGGCGUAGUUACGAGUCAAACACAGCUACAUGAAAGUCCUUCUCUUCCAUCUUUAGAUGGCAGGACAUCAUCAGGGUCAAUCCAUGAAACUUGUUCUGAUGAUGAACCUCUAAGUGUAAAGAUUCCUCAAGUUUCUCCGGCACUUGAAGCCCAAAGAUUAAAGUUCAGGCCUCUUCUUCCUCAAUGCCUUUCCAUCUUAAAAUUUCCAAAGGUGCGGAGCCAAGACAUAGACAGCCCUGAAUAUAAAGCUGAGCUACCCCUGUAUUUGUAUCUUCUACAAGAUCUUCAUACCAAGCUGGAUUGUCUUGUUCCUCCUAGUAAACAACAUCCUUUCAAGCGAGGAAACGCUCCAGGUAGUUUCGGGAGAUUCAAAUUGGUUGAACUUGUCAGUCAAAUAAAAGAACUUUUUCCAAGCGUCAGGAUGCAUUUGAAUCUAGCAAUUUCCUUGCUGAUAAAAGGUGAGGAAACUUCUCAAACUAGUUGGAGAGAUGAGUUUGCUAUGGCCGGAAGUCCAAACACAUCCAAUAUUGUGGUUUCUGAAUCUCUUAUAUACACAAUGGUGUGUAAAGAAGUGUUAUACUGUUUCACCAAGAUGUUGACCCUUCCGGGGUUUGAAACAGACAAAUCACUGCUACUGAAUCUUCUUGAAGCAUUCCAGCCAACUGAAAUACCAGUUGCUAGCUUCCCAGACGUUCAACCUUUCCCUUCACCAGGGACAAAGGAGUACUUGUAUAUUGGCGUCUAUUGUUUCUUUGAAGAUAUUUUAAAUAACGGUAAAUAUUUGUUUCUGGUUUACCGAUCAUUCCAUGGUGAAAUGGUUCAAAACAUAUUGCGAAUAUACCUGGAAACCAGUGGAUCCACAUCUGAUUUGCUCGAUGAGCUUGCUUGUACCAUUUUGCCUCAGGCCUCUCUAUCCAAGACAACAGGAGAAGAUGAUGCCCAUGAUCAUGAAUUCCCUACCCUAUGCUCAGCGACUUUCAGAGGAUGGUACAAGACAUUGCAUGAAGAAAACCUUGCAAUUGUCAACAAACUGGUAAAGACUAUUAGCUCAGAGAAACGACAAAACUAUCAACCUGAAGCUACCAAAGCGCACUUGAAAAACAUUCAGAAGACUGUAAAUGUAGUCGUGUCUUUAGUCAACUUGUGCCGAUCUCAUCAAAAGGUUACAAUCCAUGGCAUGGCUAUCAAGUAUGGUGGAAAGUAUGUGGACUCGUUUCUAAAAGUUUUUGAUUUCUUGGAAGCACAUAUUCAAGAUCAUAACGAGCUAGUCAUCCAAUUGGUCAAAGAUCUCCAAAAAGCUACAAGGACUUUACAGACAUUAUGUUCUGAAGCCAAGGGUAUGAAACAGACAGCCAUCACGAGCAAAAUACCAGCGACGAAGAGAUCUUUAGAGCGUUUUCUGUUUCACGUUAAGGCUCUUCUACACACAACAUCACGCGGCUCCAACUUCUGGAUGGGUAGCUUGAAACACAAGGACUUGAGAGGACAAAUAGUGAGUUCUCAGGCUUAUGUAGAUACCGAAACAGAUGACGUAGAUGAAAACAUGUCCGGAGAAGAUACCAUGGAAGAGGAGGAGCUUCCUUUG